CCUCAACUCACUUCUACAUUUGUAAAAGUCGUGAGUGAACCUUCCAAACAACAACAGCUAGGUAUUUGCGCGAAGCAGAUUCGCCAAUACCUGAUUGAACUGAGGCUGCACAGCUUGAUUUUCUGAAAGUCAAUAACCAAACAUUUGGUAAUUUCUGUCAACAAAUCGUCCUACGGGACUAGCAAUGGUCCUUCGAGGAGUCACCACUCCCCUGUCAAUCCGGAUAGCUUCGUAUAUUCGAAAUGGAUGAAACCAUGCAGCUACGGCACUACAGCGAUACCAAGUACGACCAUCGUGUCGCCGAAGGCUUUCCAUGCAGCAACCCAACAGUUGACCUCUCGGUCAGUUGGGACGCACACGGGAAAAAUCUUCUGAUCUACCGCCCCAGGGAACACGUUGUGUCCAAAAUCCAUCAGUUCGCGAAGCCCGGUCAACAGGCUCCCGAGCCCCAAGCUGUAAGAUGGAAACCAGACGGCCAGUUCCUUGCUGUUGGCUGGAGCGACGGAUACGUGAGGUUGAUGGGUCUGGAGAACAACAAGGCUGCACAUCACAUUCGCGUCUGUGGAGAUGACACAGCGACGCCAAACAUCACUCACAUCGGUUGGUCGCGCAACAUUGUGGGCAGGUCGCAGAAGAAAUCCCACCAGUCGCCUGCGCAGCCAUGGCAAAAACUCAUGUCAGAGGAGCUGAAUUUGCCCGGCAGCCCGGCCCCAUUGGAUCUACCCCGAGAACUCACCUUCUUGGAGGUAGACUCUGCCUUACCAAAUAUCAGUCCUCUACCUAGUUCCAGUGCCGGUGCAGGCGAAGAUGGCCUGGUGUUCACCUUAAGAACUGGCAUAGACUUCCUGUUUCAGCCCUUCAACACAGACGAUAGCGGCCAAGUCUUCGUCAUGGUAGUAGGCACGAGCGAUGGGCGCCUCCAUCUCAGCAUUUAUGAUUCCUUCGUCAUCGGCGACUUCCGAUACACGCUACCAAGCUCCAUGUACAGACCAGGCGUUCUCCAGCUCAUCCAACAUGCCUCUCAUCCAGAAGUUUCCACUCACACUCUCCUCCUGAAAUCCUCAGCCGACAACGACCAGACAGUAUACUUGGUUCCCAUGGAUCUGCCCUUUAUACCCUCAUCACCCAUCAACAUCUCUCUCCUAGCGUCAAAACUCACUACGUUACAGAAGCUGCUGCGUUAUGUGAAGCAGACACAGCUCCACAUGCAAGUAGAGUAUAAGAACACAAGAGAACUGCCGUCCAAGUUCUUGCGCAGUGUUGAAGGAGACUUGGAACAGAUAGCACAUGGGCCGACGAACCUUGUUCAAGCUCUUUUCCAUACGGUUGUCACUGGCCAUGCGCAUGAGCCCCUCCGAGAAUGGUUGGUCGACAGUUUAGCUGAGCGCGGCCACAAGCGAUGGGAUAAGGCUGUGACGGCAGGACUGGAGAAUCUGCGUGGUUUGAUCCAUGAAAAUUUACUCCCGUCGUUAGAAAGAUGUGCCAUCAUACUCAGCCGCCUGCGUGGACUUGCUCAGUUUUACGACUCACGCGACGACAUUGGCUUCUCUGUGGCCCAGAUCACCCGUACAAUGGAUAUCGUGUCUUGCCUUACGAUGGUUGGACACAAGAUUCUCCUGAACGUCAUGGACGAACUGGACCUCUUCCAUGCCUUCUCUACAUGGAUGCGGUUCCAGAUUGACCGUUUUGCGGCCCCAAACUCGGCGAGCGAAGAACUGACAGAGAAGGAGGCUACAAUGGAGAACAGCAAGGUCCUUGUCUACGUGCAGCGCUACCUUGUUGAGAGCCCCAUGGCCAUAUUUUUGGACGAAGUAGCCACAGACGAUUACUCGGCGAACUGGGAACGAGCUGAAAGCGGAACGUCAAUGCUCGAAGAGCUAGAUACCCAGCUUAAACGCCAGGAAGAGGGGCAAGCAUAUUUGAAGGCCUUCCCGAACGUUGGCUUCCUCGUCGACUACCUUACUGCCCGCGUAAAUGGAGUCUUCAAGGAUAUUGCCGAAGCACAAAAAAGGAGCGUUCGAUUUGGUCAGCCGACAAAGAUCGGAUUGGGCCAGAAAAUUGCGAAAAUUGACUCCACUAUGUGCUCAGAACGACGAGACGACGAAGUUGAUGGCCUCACCUUUACCGCCCUGACCGAAGAGGGCCGGGACCAAGAGUUCUUCAUAUUCCGAACAUCUAUCCGCAUCAUCAACGGCAUCAGCAGCAGCGUUGCCACGACGGUUGCUGCUCUAUCUGUAGACAAUGCCAAGAUCGUGGAGGUCAAGUUCAUGGACAGCACUACGUUAGUCCUACUCGUGAACAGACAAGGAAAUCCCGCCGAUGUCAUCAUGGUACCCAUACAGUCUCCCGGCAUCAACUAUGUUCCCUACCAAGAGAACAACUUACCAGUCUCUACACCCCUAUCCAAACAAAUGCAGACAGGGCUCGUCACGACCACACUCCCCGAAGACCAGUCCUUCACGCCGAUACGGAUGGACGUACAAAAUGUCACGAACGCCCGCGGCGAAGUCCCGGCACGCGUGUGCCUCCUCGGCGCCAACCGCUCGGUUUACAAGGUCUUCAGCCUCGCGUCCGGCCAUGACGACAAGGACGCUCCGCGAAAGCCGGCUACGGCAACGGCAGCGGCAGCGGCACGCGACGACUAGAAGUUGCCCGUGCCCCUGUCGCCGGGUAACAUGUUCAGGGUGCCGCCGAAGCGGUUCACGCCGCGCAGCAAGAAACGCAUGGCUGUGCUGGAUAUGCGGAGGCUAGAGGCUGUCAGGCUAGAUGAGCUAUUCCAUCGAGAGUAGGCUUAUUAGAGUGGUACGGGGAGAGAAUUACCUU